AUGCAUUAUGGAACUGAUAACUUAGAUCCAUCGAAUGUUUUCGACAUCUUGCCACAAGCACAGAAAUAUGAAGAAGAAAAACUGGUGGAUCAAUGCUGGAAGGUAAUCGAUGAACAGACAGAAGAGGCUCCGAAAUCAGAUGGAUUUGCGACAAUUGAGAGGUCCUUACUUGAAACGGUAGUCGCGCGCGACACUUUGAAUAUUCAAGAGUUAGAGUUGUUCAAAGCGGUGAAUUUGUGGGCGACAAAGAGAUGCGAAGAACAAGGCUUAUCGACAGAUGGAGGUGUAAAAAGAAGAGUUCUCGGAGAACCGAUUGUGAAAGAAAUACGUUUUCCAGUGAUGACCCAAUAUGAAUUUGCUGCUGUUGUUCUUGACUGCAAGAUACUGACACAGGACGAGACUUCUAGCGUAGUUAAAUAUUGGCAUUCAGUUCCAGACACCCAAGUAGUAUUUCCAGAGGCUGAACGAACUGGUUUGGAAUCGUUCCAGCGUUGUUGCAGAUUUGGUUCCGUUGUUCACACUGGCUCAGGUUAUCCUUAUUCACCUGGUAGAAAAGACUGUCUUUUUUUUGUGGUCGACAAAGACAUCUCCUUACUUGGAGUAACACUCUGCGGAAGCAGANUUCCGUUGUUCACACUGGCUCAGGUUAUCCUUAUUCACCUGGUAGAAAAGACUGUCUUUUUUUUGUGGUCGACAAAGACAUCUCCUUACUUGGAGUAA